GCCACACCCCACUCCAUGUGGCCAUCAUCCACAAAGAUGUGGAGAUGGUCCGGCUGCUCCGGGAAGCUGGAGCUGACCUCAACAAACCGGAGCCCACGUGUGGCCGGAGCCCCCUGCACUUGGCAGUGGAGGCCCAAGCGGCCGAUGUGCUGGAGCUUCUCCUAAGGGCAGGUGCAGACCCUGCUGCCCGCAUGUAUGGUGGCCGCACCCCACUGGGCAGUGCCAUGCUCCGGCCCAACCACAUUCUUGCACGCCUCCUCCGUGCACAUGGAGCCCCCGAGCCUGAGGAUGAAGAUGACAAGUUUGACCCCUGCAGCAGCAGUAGCGACAGCGACAGCAACAGCGACAGCGGGGAUGAGGGCGUGAGUCAGGAGGAAAGAUGGGACAGCCCAGCUGGGGGGUCAGGGUAAACCGGC